AUCUGGAUGAUGAGAAAAAUGCUUUGGGGUGUAGGCAUGCCCUGCGGGAAUACAAGAUCCACAAGGGGUUGGAGCAUCCUCGCAUUGUCCGACUCUAUGACGUGUUUGAGAUUGAUGCCAAUUCCUUCUGCACGGUGCUGGAAUAUUGCUCUGGGCAUGACCUGGACUUCUACUUGAAGCAGCACAAAUCCAUCCCUGAGAGAGAGGCUCGGUCCAUCAUCAUGCAAGUUGCCUCUGCUCUCAAAUACCUGAAUGAGAUCAAGCCUCCUGUGAUCCAUUAUGACCUCAAGCCAGGAAACAUCUUGCUGACAGAAGGGCAAGUGUGUGGUGAAAUUAAGAUCACAGACUUUGGGUUGAGCAAAGUGAUGGACGACGAUGUGUAUAAUCCCGAUCAUGGGAUGGAUCUCACCUCUCAAGGUGCUGGGACAUAUUGGUACCUCCCACCAGAGUGCUUUGUUGUUGGCAAAAAUCCCCCCAAAAUCUCCUCCAAAGUGGAUGUCUGGAGCCUUGGUGUCAUCUUUUAUCAGUGUCUCUAUGGGAAAAAGCCAUUUGGGCAUAAUCAGAGCCAGGCAACAAUCCUGGAAGAGAACACCAUCCUGAAAGCAACCGAGGUGCAAUUCCCUUCCAAGCCAACUGUGAGCAAUGAAGCCAAGGACUUUGUGCGAUCAUGCUUGCAGUAUAGGAAAGAGGACCGAAUUGAUGUUGUGCGCUUGGCAAAUCAUGAUUAUCUCCGCCCCCCGGUGUCGAAGACGCGCCAGACCCACAGCCAGCUGAUCAAGGGGGACUCUGGUAAAGUGACGUCCAUGGGUGGCGUGACUGCCUCUUCCACCUACCCUUCCUCCAAUCAUCAGCCUCAGUUGAACUUCACCUUUGGGGCAGCCCUCCACAAUAAUUGAUUGAUGGAGGAGGAGGUCUCCUUUCACCACAUGUGAUGAUGGAAUGUGAUUCCAAAAUGCUGUGCUGCAGGAGUGAAAUGCGUUUGCCAUUCACCCUUCCUCUCCCUUUCCCCCUCCCCAGGGCUUUCCCAGUGUGUGGACGUGUAAUCGACUCUUCCUUCUCCUCUCAUGGGAAGUCCGUGUGAUAAUAGGAAGAAAGAAAGAAUGGAAAUGUUCACACAUCCCAUAUUGUGAUAUGAGGGAGAGACAAGGAGACAGUUCUUUUUUCUUCUCCUUUCUUCUCUCUCGCUCCAGUUUUCUUCUCCCGUUGUGUUUGUUAUGUUCAAGUGAGAAUUCCACUGGUUUUUUUUCCUUACAACACUUCAUUUAUUCAUUGAUCCACAUGUUCUUGAUACAAGAUCAUAUGGCAUGAAGAAAUGGUGGGACUCAUUCCAUGAAUGAGAGGGAAUCUCUCAACCUGCAGCAUGGUCCCAUGUUCAUGAGCUUCCUCCAAUGAGCAGACUCUUACCCCUGCCCUUUUUAUCCUCUGCAUCCCAUUUUUCCCCCACUGUUGUUUUUUUUUUCACAUUUCAGCAUCCCAUCACUCACAGCUAUGAGUAGAGGAGCCAAUGAUUUGAUCAUGAGUUGCCUUCUCAGAGUGCAAUGCACCCUAAUUGAUGAAUUGGCUUCUUUGGAAUUUUUUUUUACACUUGCUUCAUGGUUGCUUUGCUAGUUUCAUGAUAAGACUUUUCAUGGUUCAGUCAGUACACAAAGCUGGCAGUUGUUCAAAAACAUGUCAUACUGAUCAGGUUCCUUCAUUUCUAUACAGUGUUUGAUGAGCGGAGUAGUUCCACUGUGCUUGUUCAUCCUUUCCUUUCUCCCUUCCCCGCUUCCUUCCCUCAUUCCCCUUCUCCCUUCUGGAUGUAUCAUUUGUAAAUCGAAUAAUGAGGAAGCAAACAUAGAGAUUCUAUUGGAAUAAAUGGUUGGCAAGCCAUACAGGUAC